AUGGAGUGGACGCUUUCCCCCUACCUGCCGAACGGCACCUUCAACUCCUCCUCCCCGCUCCCCGAGAACGGCAGCUCGGCGAACGGCAAGCACUUCAGCGUGUUCGACGGCUGCGAGGAGAUGGUGGAGGGGGUGCUCUUCGACCUGGCAGUGCAGGUCUUCAACGUCUUCCUGGGCCUCCCCGCCAACGUCAUGGUGAUGGUCAUCCUGGUGCGGAACCGCCGCGAGGCCUCCACCUCCGACAUCUUCAUCUUCCUGCUGGCCGUCAUGGACGCCUACUUCGGUGUCAUGGUGCCCUUCAGCUUCCUCAACCUCUACCUGUGGCAGAGCAAACAGGGCUGGAGGGCCAUCAAGUUCAUGUACGGUGUGAAGGACACCAGCGGGCCGCUCUUCCUGUCCUGCAUGUGCCUGGACCGCUUCCUGGCCGUGGUCUUCCCCAUCACCUUCAGCCGCCUGAGGGCGCACAAGUACCGCGCGGGCUGCUCCGUGGCGGUGCUCCUGCUCACCUUCAGCUACGCGGCCGCCAAGACCGUGGGCGGCCUGCCCAACUUCGAGAAGAUCUUCACGGGCGAGAUCCUGGCGGCCUUCGCGCUGAUGGUGCUGUGCAACAGCUCCAUCCUCUGGGCGCUGCGGCGGUCCCGGGCGGGGAAGGACGAGAUGCACCCCAUGAAGAAGAAGGCCUUCAAGAUGGUGCUGUCCAUCCUGUGCAUCAUCAUUUUUAACUACCUGCCGCCCGUGGCCCUGUUCCCCUUCCAGGACCACUACACCCCCGACGUCUUCCGCUGCUACGUGCAGCCCGCGGGCUUCGCCUUCGUCAACGCCAGCUGCAGCAUGCAGCCGCUCAUCUACCUGUCCCGCGUGGAGAACCUGCCCUGCCUGCGAUGCCUCAACCGCCACAAGCAGGCCGCCACCACCACCCCUACGCCUACUGUCACCACCGUCACCAUGUCAACCGAGGCCACGCCCACCGAGGCCACGCCCACCGAGGUCACGCCCACUGACCCGGUCACUGCGGACCCUACGCCCGCCGACUCUUCACCCGUGUAGGCGGAGUCUCACCGCCUCUCUUGCUGGACUGAGAUCGUGGACGGUGAGGCUUCAUGUGAUCCAUCAUUGCGGUUUGCGGUAGGAUGGAAAAUCCGUUCUGAUUGGUUCUGUCAGUAACUGACAACUUGCUGUGGCUCCGCCCAUUAUGGGGCUCAUGAAACCUCACUUUCCAAACAGUGCUGGAGGCUGAGUGAGAUGGAUUGUAGAGAGAAAGCCUACAGGUUGAAAUGGGAACUACACCUCUUCAAAAUAACUUAAUUUAGUUGAUACUUUAUAAAUCUUUAUACUAAUUGCUGUGAUAGUUCCAUCAAUUUUUAGUUCUAAGAAGCUAAACUGUAGGUUGUGUGGCCCUCUCCACAGUCUAUAUAUGUAUAUUUUUCCAUUCCAUUCAUUUAACACAGUGGUCGGCAAUCGUGCAUACCCCAAAUAUGUCAGUCUUUUCUGUUUUUUUUUUUUGUUGUUGUUUUAACUUACAAAUUAAAUUUCUCAGGUUAAUGGAUUAUUACGAGUCUGACCCUGCAUAUUCAGGUUGAAUGGUGAAACACUGAGUGUACCUCCAGCACAUAGUUGCAUGAGUUCAUGAAGCCAGACAGUCAAUUCAGUUCCUAAAUGUUGUCGGCGGUUAGAUGGAGUUAAAAGUAGAAGUGUCUCCAGGGCCCAGGUUGCCUACCUCUGACUUUAUUAGCAUUUUAUUUUUAGCACCUUAAUUAUAAAAGCUUUAUGGCAAACAACACCAAGUGGAAAUAACAAUGGCAACUUCAAGCUACAGAAUACACCACAACAUUGUAUCACAUAUUUAGUACAGAGCCGAAGACACUAAACCAGUAAAAGGAAUUGGAUCUGCAAAUACUUCGUAAUACCCUUAACACUCCUCGUCAAUAUUCCAUCGGAAGCAGAAAGCGCUUGAGUCACGUGAUAGGGAUUGUAAACUGGGAAAGGACGUACGACAAUUGCAGUAAUUAUAAUAUUGUGUCCCACGGCUGCUUACGAUUAAGAGGGUUUGGAUUCUGUCUGGAAUUCUUUAGUUUUACAAAACAUCAUUUAGACACAAAAAUGGACCGAAUUUCUCCCCGUUUGUUUUCCCUUGUUUACCAGGGACACUUUAAACUGUAUGCUCUUCUUCAAAUGGAAUCUUCUGUAUUUACUGUAACUGUACCACCCUAAAGAGCAGCUAUGUAGACCAGAUUGAUCAGCUUAAUUAAUGCCAACUUUUCAUAUAUUUAAUACCUUUUUGCGAAAGCAACACAUUUCAGAUUCACUCAGCACUAAAGAUAUAUAUAUUUAGAUUGUAAGCUUCAGUACAUGUCUGUUACUUUUUAAAAUUAUGUAUUUUGCCUAUUUGUUCAACCUUCACAUUUUGUGUCAUAUUUUUUCAUUGCUGUUCUGUGUAAGAAAAUCUCCUUUGCUAAAAUAUUUAGCAUUCUGAAUAGUGCAAAUAUAUAUUUUUCAGAAUCGAAGACCACAAUGGAAUGGAAUUUAGCUCUGAAGAUCCAUUGUGUUAUCCUGA